AUGGCUUCAAAGAACCCCGGCGACAAGAAGGAAGAAAAAAAGAAAGAAGCCGGCAAGUCACCGACCAAAAGCCAAAAGCCAAAGGAAGCCAAGGAAGCAGCCGGCAAGAGCAUCCAGAAGAAGGUCGAAAAGGUCGAGAAAAAGAUGGAAAAGAUCGAAAAGAAGGCUGAAAAGGCCGAGAAAAAGGAGAAAGCCGAAAAGGCUGAAAAGACCGGCGGCGGACCGUCUGAGGGAAAGGAGUCCAAGGCGGAGGGCAAAGGUCAGCAGCCGGGAGGAAAGAGCACCAAAGAGCCUUUCGCCGCCGGUGGCGCCCCGCCCAAGUCCACGGAGAAGUCUUCGAAGAAGAAGAAUAAGUGCUCCGACAAGCCGACGCCCACUCCGCAGACGGUGCACAUUGUCAAUCCGCAGGGACCGAUCCCGCUGACACCGGCCGACCAGAAAACACUGAGCGACAUGGGCUUCGCCAUUGGCCAGCCGAUGCGCUCCGGUGGCUUCGGCAUGAUCUACACGGCCACCCAAGGCGGCCCUGGCCCCAGCGCCAAACCGUUGGUGGCCAAAGUGAUUGAGCUCGCCGGCCUGGCGACCACAUACGUAAAGGAGGUGAGCAACUGGCGCGAUGUGUGGCGCAACUCGCCCAACAUCAACCCGGCGCUUGAAAUCUUUGAGCUGCNGCCGCUGGUCGCCAAGGUGAUUGAGCUGGCCGGCCUGGCGCCCACAUACGUGAAGGAGGUGAGCAACUGGCGCGAUGUGUGGCGCACCUCGCCCAACAUCAACCCGGCGCUUGAAAUCUUUGAGCUGCACGAGCCCGAUCGCAUGAUGGUGAUCAUGGAGCCGGCGGACUUUGACCUGCAGGACCUGGUCCUCAAGCAGCCGGGCUGGGUGAGCAAGAAGCUGGCAGCCCAGUACUACUGGCAGAUAAAUCGCGGCCUCAGCUUCAUGCACCUCAAGAACUUCGCCCACCGCAAUCUGAAACCGCGCAACCUGCUGAUCAGCAAGGCCCGCGGCAUGGAGCUCCGUCUCUCUGACUGCGGCAUGUCACGCGUCAGCUUCGCCGCCACCCACCCGGAUACUACCUCCAACUUCGCCGCCUGGCACGAGACCUUCGGCUACCUCGCUCCGGAGGUCUUUAGCGGCAACAAUGCUUUCUGUCCGAUGGAGGCGGACCUGUGGUCGGUGGGGGCCGUUCUCUUCUUCCUCCUCUACAAGGUGGUGCCCUUUCAGACGCUGAAAAUGGACAUCGCAGAGCUGUCGGAGAAACAGAAGCGCCUCGAG